AUUAUCAAGUUUACUAUCAACACGUACCUGUCAACAUCACCGAAUGCUUCAAUAAGAUUGCAAAUAAACACACAAGUGUCAAUACAAUUUUUUUUAUUUGAAAAUGUCAAAAAAUGAUCCAUCCAAGGAUGACGAGGAGUACUGGAACAGCAGUGAAAAGCACUCGUUCAGUUUUGACCAAAAUACAGAGAUGGACAAUUUAUUUGGGAUCUCCAAGAGUGGCACAGCUCAAUUGAAAGCAGGAAUCUCAAACAUCGAAGUCGCUGAGACUUAUUUCAAGUUUGAUAAUGUUCCAUCAGACUCGAGGCCUUUAUUAUCGAUCAUUUCUGAGGCUACUUUGACAGCAAUUCUCGAAGCAGACAAGGUCUACCUCCCCGAGGAAGCCCCAGUGGUGGACCCCACGAUAACCCUCCGGAGGAUUCUCCUGGGCCAGCCCUUCUCCCUCGAAAAGUACAAGUCCCUCGCCAACAAAACAGCCCUCCUGGACGCAGCGAUCACCUCCGGCAAUGGCGACGCAAUCCUCAUAAUCGUCCUCUUCAUCACCAAGACCCUGAAGCCAGCUCUGGUCCAACGGCUCCUGAUGGAGAGGCCCGACGCAAUGAACGUCUACGUCCACUACCUCUCGACGCGACUCAUGAUGAAUGAAAUCACAGAUCUGCUGGCAAUGCAGGGGCGGCCCGUCGAUGCGGCCAUGACGAACCUCAACGUCAUCAUCAAGAACACGAGGGACGAGACUAGAUUACUCCAGAAGCUGAUCAAGUGUUACAAGACCCAGUUCAUCAACUCCCCGGAGUGCAGGGAGACCCCCUUCGUCCAGAAUUACAUUAAACUCCUGGAGUGGAAGACAGCGCUGAAGAACACGAAGUUACUUGAGGACUUUGAACCGAAUUCCUCAGUUCUCGACUGCUUGAGGUAUUCUUGCCGGGAACAUUACGGGGCGUCGGAGGGUACCCUUGUAGCACCGGCCAUGCUACGUCAUCAGCACGAAAUUAGCCCCAGGCAGUAUCAGAAGGUCGCGCUGGAGUCCAGGGUGGCUGUCAAGGCUUGGGAGGAUGUUGACAGUCUGCUGUUAUCAAAGGGAUGGCUCGGCAGUCAAAAAUUACACACAAAUCUCCCGAUCGAGGACGUCUUGAAGAUUCUGAAUAAAGGAGAAGCACCAACAGCAGUUCUAGAUAAAUUCUUGAGAUACGUGGACAGUGUGGAGAGGAGAUUGCACCUCGCAAAGACGUUUUCCUGUCCCAAGACAGUUAUCGAGAUUCUAGGAACACAAGGAGAUAGAACUUCUCUAUUGGAGUAUCGAGACACCCUUGUUCCCCAAUCAGAAGCCUUUUUCCUUGCUGAACGAACACUCUCGUCUCCCACAAUCCGUUGGAAAUCGUGAAUAAACCAAAGCAUAAUUUAUUUGAUCAAUUGAAUUGGUGAAAUGAAAUGACUCGAUUUUUUAAUUAUUGGUUUUGCUAAACGUCUUUGAAUCUUAUUUCGAAGGAAGUCGAAUUUUCAUAGAGAUCUUUUUUGCGAAGAAAAGCAAAAGAUAGGGAAAGCAGACAAAUAGAUAAGCACCGUCUAAAAAAUAGACGGUUCCAACAUUUUCUGAGUAUUCUCUAAAUAAUAUAAUAGGAAUUAUGCUGGUAAUUUUAAAUUUCAAUAAUACCACAAUUUUAAUUUCCUGUUAUUGAUAAACAUUUUGAAUGUAUCUAUCUUCUAAUGCAAUCGUCUAUGUAAUGUAUGUUUGGGCUGUAUUUCAAUCUUUUGUGAUUUUCUCAUUUAUUCCCAUACUUUAUAUUACUGCUUUAUACAUUUUAUUAAGUAAAGAACCUAUCGCUGACUCACUUGGGUGAUUUAUCUAUUUUUGAUGUCUCGACGAAAAUCAAAUAUCCUUUAACCGUUCAUCUAUUAGUCUUCUUGUCCACCAAAAAGUUCUCUAUGAAAAUUUACCAGUUUUUACAUAUUUACAAAAAACUCAUUUUUUAUUUUCAUAAAAUUAUCUCCUCUCACUUCUUCUCUAAAGCAGGAUCGAAUAAGAAUAAAUAUUCCGUUAUUUUAUGAAAAUUGCAUCUUUAUUUCUAUAUAGAAAAUGUAACAAAACGUGAUGUUAAUAAAGUAAUUUUGUCAUAUAA